CUGCAAACUGUAACCAAGUUUUUGUGUGAGACUGUUCUAUGUAAAAAUUUAGCAAGUACGCUUGCAGAGCUGGGAUUUGGGAAACACGAGAGGUAACAGUGAGGAUCUUAUAAUAGGGGGUGAUUGAAGCCCCAAGUUGAAGUGAGUGAGAGAUCCUGAGUUGAUUGAAGUGAGAUGAGUGAAAAUGGAAGCCUUGCACAGGUGUGCAUUCCAAAAUUUGAUGGUGACUAUGAUCACUGGAGCCUUGUGAUGGAGAAUUUUCUGAGGUCACAGGAGUACUGGGGUGUUGUGAGUGAAGGCUACAAAGAACCGACACCAACUGAGGAACUAUCUCCUGUUGAUGCUAAGAGCUUGGGG